AUGGAUGCGAAAGAACAGCUCAGAGGUUCUACUGGUGAUCAGAAUGGGGAUUUGGAUCGAUUUCCAGAUGGUAUGCGUGUUCUGGCUGUUGAUGAUGACCUAACUUAUCUGAAAAUCUUGGAGGCUACCUUGCGUAAAUGCAAUUAUGAGGUAACUACCGCCAAUGAUGCAUACCAGGCACUCCAAAUUCUGAGGGAAAACCGAAAUAAUUUUGACCUGGUAAUCAGUGAUGUACAUAUGCCAGACAUGGAUGGCUUUCAGCUACUCAAGCAAUUAGGAGAUGAAAUGGACCUACCUGUAAUCAUGGUGUCAUGCAAUGGUGAUAAUGAGUUUAUUAAGAAGGGAAUCUCGCAUGGUGCUUGUUGCUAUUUGGUGAAACCUGUUAAUAUUGAAGUGUUCAAGACUAUAUGGCAACACGCCUUUCGGAGGAAGAGUUUGAGCUCGAAAGACCAACGCAAGUCUUCUGAUCAUAAUUUACGUAAGGGAAUAGAAGAAGGCGAAGAUGAUGAAGAUUGGGAUGAGAAACCAUCAACGCCAAAGAAGCGUCGGGUAGUUUGGACUGAAGAGCUGAAGAAAAAGUUUAAUGACGUCUAUUAUUAUCUGGGACCAGAAAAGGCUGUACCUAAGAAAAUCCUUGAGUUGAUGAAUGUUGAAGGUCUCUCGAGGGGUAAUGUAGCCAGUCAUUUACAGAAAUUUAGGGAACACAUGAAAAAGGGCAGCAUUAAUCAGGACAGGCAGAGAGCUAGCAUGGUCGUUGAUCGGGGGAGAAAUUCUUCUUACAUGCCACGCACAGAUUUAAUCGAUAAAUCUGGAGGGAGACUCUUAAAUGCUGCUCCUUUACCCUCAUACAUGCCUUCUCAGAUGGUAUCUAGAUCAAACACUCGCUCUAGUGUUAUGCAAAGAAUAGCUCCUUCGCAUCUAUUGCGACCUGGUCAAUCCCAAACGUUGUGCAGCCAUUAUUCAGAGACAGCAAACCUCCAGCCAAGUGUGGUUACAAACCAAAGCCGGAACUGUUUUCCAGUAUCACACACACCAGUAGGGCUCUUUCAAUUGCAGCAGAAAGAUACUACAGUUGACAUUGGGCAGUCGACCCUCAAUAAUAAUGGUUACACAACCACCUUCCCCUAUAAUAGCAUGCUUGGUAGCUCCAUGGGUGAUCAAUCUGCUCUCGGAGUGAACUCAUUGAAUCCAGAAUUGUUUGACAAUGCCCUUUGUAGAUCGUCUACCAGUAGAUACUCUGACAGUUGUCAGGGUGGUAUGCAGGGUUGUGGUCAGUUGUACCAACUUCCAUCACCUGCGUUGCUCAGGAGUGAGGAUUCCGAUUUUGGGCUAUUGCCUGCUAACAAGUUGGGAACUUCUUCAAAUACACCUCAGGUUAGGAACACUCCAGAUGAUUUCUCUUCUAUCGGUGCACUUUCAAUACCUAAUAUAUGGCGGGAAGAUGAUAAGCAAGAUUACAACAACUGGAACCUUCCUUCCAUCGUUUCUGGCAAUCAUGUUGUAGAUUCCGGCUUAGUGGGCUUGAACCAAAAUGAUGCAGCUUGCGGCAGGAUCAAUUUGUCUAUGUUUGACCAGUUCAGUUGGGAAAAUACAACUAUCGGACAUAAUGUUGGAGUUGAGAAUUCGACCAUGCAGAUUAAGGUUGAUCCCAAUGAUGGCUUGGUUCAGAAUAAUGUUGAAUCACCGGAUAACCAGGUAUGUUCUGAUAUGAUAAAUCAGACUGAAAUGGAGAAUGAGCUUGAUUUUCUAGACAGAGAGUUUGGACUUCAUGCUUAG